UUGGUUUCUUGGUCUUCCUUCUGUUCACAAUUUCAACAUGCUGGUGCAAAAGCUAAGCUGGAUCAUUUUGCUGCUGUUUCUGUGUCAACAUGAAGUAGAAGCAAAAACAACACUGGUCUGUGAAGGAGGAUCUGCAUACCUCAGCUGUGAUUUGGGAUUCAUAAAGGUCCUACGGGCCAGCUAUGGGCGGACUGAUCGCACAACAUGUGCUGGUGGGAGACCAGCUAAUCAGAUCUCAAAUACGCACUGUUUUCGAGAAGCAUCCCUCCAUUUAAUGUCUGCUCGGUGUGAUGGAAGAAAGAGCUGUUCUGUUCCUGCAACGAACUCAGUUUUCUCUGAUCCUUGUUAUGGUACUUAUAAAUACCUGGAUGUGUCUUAUGACUGUAUUCCAGCAAAAAGAAGUGUAACCUGUGAACGCAGCCAAAGCAUCAUUAUCUGUGAUUCUGGUGUUAUUUCUGUUCAUCAUGCCAAUUAUGGACGCCGGGAUCUUGUAACCUGCCCUCAUAAAUUAGCAACUACACCACACUGUUACUCUCCUCAGACCAGCAGCCUGCGUUCCAGGUGCAAUGGGAGGAAGACUUGUCAACUAUAUGCUUCAAAUUCUCUCUACUCCGAUCCAUGUUAUCGUGUCUAUAAGUAUCUAGAAGUGAUGUACAGCUGUACAUAAUCCUGCUACAUAAAUGUAUUUCAUGUUUUGUGUGUUUUAAAUGAGAACUGAGAUUUUAGAUGCUGCUAGCUUUGAUGAUUAUGUGUCAGACAUAUUACACUUUACAGUACAUUUUUUCUUUUGAUUUUAAGGUGAUUUUUGUGAGGUUAGGAACAAUUUUAUCUAGGUAAAUUUAUGUAAGCCAUAAAGUUGUCAAAAAGGAAAACCAUGUAAAAAAGAAAUACAACAGCACCAUAUAAUUUGACUGCCAUAAGAACAAUUAAGAUCAGAAAAACUACUAAAAUUCUUGUAGAAUAAUCUACAACACAAAUAAUCUUUUGUAUACAAACAAAAUUGGUGUUGUUAAAUUUCUAUUGUAAAAAGCCCAAUACAAAUACAUUUUUUGUAAAGCAAAUCAUAAAAUUUCACCCUAAAGUCUACUUCCUAAUCAUGUAAUAUGCAUACUGUCAUGUGUUUCCGGUCUUUUACUGGAUUUUAUGUUUUAGUUCUUGUCUGCUGAGUUUCCUGUGCCAGUUUGUAGUCCUUUUGUAGUUCAUUUUCUGAUUGAUUCCCUUUGAUCGUCUCCCAGGUGUGUCCUGUUAUCUUGUUACCCUUGUUAGCCUGUCUGUAGUAAAUAGCCCUUGGGUUUCCCAUGUUUCUUUGUCAGUUAAUACCUGUACCAGUUUCUUGUUCUGAUUUUGCAUUUAUUAAAAUUCCCACACUUAGAUAUGUUUCUACGUGCCAUCUUUUGGUUCCUUUGUUACACAUAUUUGAUAAGCCUGUUAAACUAACACAAGUGGUGGGAGAAAAGAACCUUUUCGAAGCUUCAAAACAACUGAACCAACUGUUUCGCAAAAUGAUUCACUGUUUCGAAGCACUCGAAACGCCACACGCUGGUGACGCCUGCCUGUCAAAAAUGUGUAAAUGCAACAAACACUAAAGCUAAAACAUGCAUAAAAACAGGUUUUAAAAACCCAUUGCAAAUGUUUGAUUUAAAGUAUGCAUUAAAUGCA